AUGAACAUAUAUGAAACAAUCUUGGGCGAUGUAUUGUUGAAUAAUGGUGGUUUGUUCUUUGUAUAUGGCUAUGGGGGUACCGAGAAGACAUUUCUUUGGAGGGCGUUGUCUGCAAAGUUGCGUUCUAAAGGUGAUAUAGUUAUCAAUGUUGCUGCAAGUGGCAUAGCAUCAUUACUUUUGCUUGGAGGCAGAACUGCACACUCUAGAUUUGCAAUACAAAUACCUUUGAAUGAAGAUUCAACAUGUACUAGACAGGACAUUGUAGGAGCUACUAUUAAUUCUUCUUAUCUUUGGGAUACAUGUAAAGUUCUUAGAUUAACAAAGAAUCUAAGAUUGAAUAGGAUGGAGCUUGGUGUUGAUCUACAACAAGUUGAAGAUUUUGCAAAAUGGAUUGCAUUCACUGGAGAUGGAACAACGGGUGGACCGAAUGAUGGUUAUGCAGAUGUUAACAGUCCACCGAAUAUGUUGUUGCCCUCUACAGGUGACCACAUAGCCACAAUUGUAGAUAGUACAUUUCCCAUGUUAAAAAAUGGUGGAUGCGAUCAUAAGUAUCUAGAAAGUCACACAAUAUUGGCCCCAACUCUUGAUGUGGUUACCUCCAUCAACGAGUAUAUGAGUCAUUUGCAUGUAGCUAAGAGCAAGACAUACUUUAGUUGCGACACAGUUUGUAAAUCUGACUCAAGUGACGGUAUCCUUGCAGAUGUGCAUACUCUAGAGUUUCUAAAUGGGUUGCGAGCAUCUGGUAUCCCCAACCAUGCUCUAACACUUAAGGUGGGUUCUCCUGUAAUGUUAUUGCGGAAUAUCGAUCACUCAAUGGGAUUAUGCAACGGUACUAGGCUGGUCAUUACCAAAUUAUCGGAGCAUGUUGUACAAGAAAAGAUAGUUUUUGGUAACAACUGCGGGACUAGGGUGCUGAUACCAAGGAUGUCGAUGACUCCAACUGAUAUAAGAUUGCAUUUCAAAUUCCAAAGAAGGCAAUUCCUGCUUAUGUUGUCAUAUGUAAUGAACAUUAAUAAAAGCCAAGGACAGGCGCUAUCUCACGUAGGACUACUGCUGAAGAAACCUGUUUUUGUACAUGGUCAAUUGUAUGUUGCUGCUUCAAGAGUUAGCAACCCGAACGGUUUAAAGAUCUUGAUUGGCAACGAAGGUGAUACGAGUUGUACUUCAACUACAAAUGUUGUUUAUCAUGAAGUGUUCAAUAAUUUGUAA